UCCUAGCAUUCCCUGUGCCAGGACAAGUCGGAGCUGGGGCCAGGGGAGAGGGGACAGGCCCCACCUAGGGCAGUGGCCGCAGCAAGGGAAGGGGCAGACAGAGCCAGGAGCCUGGGCAGCAAGCAGGAUGGCAGCACGGGCAGCGGCUGGAGCCUGGGUGCUGGUCCUCAGUCUGUGGGGGGCAGCAGCCGUAGUAGGCAGUCAGAACGUCACGGCCCGGAUCGGGGAGCCGCUGGUGCUGAACUGUAAGGGGGCCCCUAAGAAACCACCCCAGCAGCUGGAAUGGAAACUGAACACAGGCCGCACGGAAGCGUGGAAGGUCCUCUCUCCCGAGGGAGCUCCCUGGGACAGCGUGGCUCGCGUCCUCCCCAAUGGCUCCCUCCUCCUUCCGGCUGUUGGGAUCCAGGAUGAGGGGACCUUCCGCUGCCGGGCAACGAAUAGGCACGGAAAGGAGAGCAAGUCCAGUUACCGGGUCCGAGUCUACCAGAUUCCUGGCAAGCCAGAAAUUGUAGAUCCUGCCUCAGAACUCACGGCUGGUGUCCCCAAUAAGGUGGGGACGUGUGUGUCUGAGGGAGGCUACCCUGCAGGGACGCUUAGCUGGCACUUGGACGGGAAGCCCCUGACACCUGAUGGGAAAGGGGUGGCGGUGAAAGAACAGACCAGGAGACACCCGGAGACAGGGCUCUUCACUCUGCAGUCAGAGCUGGUGGUGACCCCGGCCCGAGGAGGGGCCGCGCACCCCACCUUCUCCUGCAGCUUCAGCCCAGGCCUUCCCAGGCGAAAGGCCGUCCACGCGGCCCCCAUCCACCCCAGCGUGUGGGAGCCCGUCUCCCUGGAGAACGUGCAGCUGCUGGUGGAGCCAGAAGGCGGAACAGUAGCUCCCGGAGGGACGGUGACCCUGACGUGUGAAGCCCCUGCCCAGCCCGCUCCCGAAAUCCACUGGAUGAAGGACGGGAUGCCCCUGCCCCUUCCCCCCAGCCCUGUGCUGCUCCUCCCUGAGGUGGGGCCUCAAGACCAGGGGAGCUACAGCUGUGUGGCCACCAUUCCCAGCCACGGAUCCCAGGAAAGCCCUGCUGUCACUGUCAGCAUCGCAGAAACAGAUGAGGGGCAAAGCACAGGCUCCACGGGAGGCUCAGGCCUGGGAACUCUCGCCCUGGCCUUGGGCACCCUGGCAGCCCUGGGGAUAGCUGCCCUGCUCGUUGGGGUCAUCGCGUGGCAAAGGAGGAGACGCCAAGGAAAGGAGCGGAAGGCCCCGGAGAGCCAGGAGGAGGAGGAGGAGCGCGCAGAGCUGAAUCAGUCAGAGGAGCCCGAGACAGCUGAGCGCGGCACAGGAGGGCCAUGAGGGCCCGGACAGGCCUGGCCGUCGGCCCCCUCGCCCUCGCCCGUGCCCUCCCGCUGAACCGCACCGACCCCAGACCAGCUCUCCUGUCAUCUCCGCCCCACCUCGCCACACUGCCUUCCACAACCAGAGCCCUUCGUGAAGGGACCGUGCUGAGUAGACACCGGACACAUCUUGCCCGUGUGCACGGUGUGUGUGUGUGUGUGUGUGUGUGUGUGUGAGAGAGAGAGAGAGAGAGAGAGAGAGAGAGAAACUCACCCACUGCACCCCUGAAAACUGCAAAGGAGAGGGGCUCAUCCCAUAUUCACAUCUACGCAGCUUGGGGAGAUUAGGCUUCUGUUCUGGAAAGAACUCGGAAAAGUCCUUGUCAAUACAUUUCACCUUUUUAUUGAAUUUGUAAUAAAGGAGGUAGUGGGAA